ACCAUCCUCUGUCAUCACCGAGCCGUCAGCCGCUCCUCUGCCCACACAGCGGAGAGGAGAGCCGGGGAGGAGGAGCACCGGAGCGCCGUCGCAGCGGAGGAGGAAAGUCACAACAAUGAGGUGGUGCUUCAGAGAGACAGGGAGGUUAAAGUGAGCCAUGCCCCGGAGGAGAAGCGUUGAAGACGGACGGAGAGCAGCGGUACUUCACUUGACAGCUAGCCGUUAGGUCCGGAGCUAGCUAACCCCGUGAGCCCGUCCCGUCCCCCCGGGGAACUCCACCAGCGGGUUCCCCGAGUCCAGGUCCCGCGGCGAAGCAGGAGACAACACGGAGUGAAUGUGUGUUUUAAGCAGCACAUGGCCUGUAUCCUGCUGACAGACAUGGACCCGCCUACCACUGGUCCCACAGUGCAGCACAAUGGCCUCCAGCCUGACCAAGACCCGGCCACGGAACCAAACCACAAGCAGGACGAGGACGCCACCUGUCUCACUGUCCACCUUCACUACCUGGGGAAGGCCGGAGGAGGGAAUGGGACCACAGACUCAGAAAGUGUGCUCACAUUUCCAUCUGGGGAUUAUGUCAUGGAGGAAUUGUGCAUCGCUGCGGCAAAAGCUUGUGGGAUUGCUCCAGUCUUCUUCAACCUGUUUGGCCUGAUGAGGGAAAGUGACCGGAUAUGGUUCCCUCCAAAUCACAUCUUUAAAGUCAACCAGUCAGCAAGUGAAGACCUGCACUUCAGAAUAAGAUACUAUUUUCCUGGCUGGUACAACAACAGCAGUUCAUUUUAUGCCCAUCGUUAUGGUGUGUCCAAGGGGAUGGAGAGCCCGGUUAUGGAUGAUUGUGUGAUGGCAUACCUGUUUUCUCAGUGGCGUAGUGACUUUCUUAACGGCUGGGUUCAAAUCCUGGUAAGCCACGAGUCCCAGGAGGAGUGUCUGGGCAUGGCGGUGCUGGACAUGAUGAGGCUCGCUAAAGAGAACGGUCAGUCCCCUGUGGACAUCUACAACGAUACCAGCUACAAAUCCUUCCUGCCGAGGUGCAUGCGGAGCCGCCUCCAGGAGUACAACAUCUUGACGCGGAAGAGGAUCCGCUAUCGCUUCAAGAAGUUCAUCCAGCAGUUCAGUGACUGCAAGGCCACUGUGUGUAACCUCAAGCUCAAAUACCUGAUGAACCUGGAGACGCUGCUGCCCUCGCUCUUCUCCGAGCGCUUCCAGGUCACCGGCCUGUCCACGCGCGAGCUGACCAUCGUUGUCAUGGGCAACAAGGGCAUCCAGUGGUCGAAAGGGAAAGAGGAGGAGGAAGAGGAGGAGGGAGCAAAGGAGGAGUUACAAACAUUCUGUGACUUCUCAGAGGUGAUUGACAUCAGCGUGAAACAGUCUAAUAAGGAAGGAUCAGCAGAGAGUCGCAUUGUUACCCUGACCAGACAGGACAGCAAGAUCCUGGAGCUGGAGUUUCAUUCUCUAUCGGAGGCUCUGUCGUUUGUGUCAUUAGUUGAUGGAUAUUACAGACUGGUGGCCGAUGCCCAUCAUUACCUUUGUAAAGAGGUGGCUCCCCCGAGACUCUUGGAGUGCAUUCAGAGUUACUACCACGGUCCUGUGUCGAUGGACUUUACGAUUGGUAAGCUGCGUCGCUCUGGCAACCAUCAAGGCCUGUACAUCCUCCGCUGCAGCCCGAGAGACUACGACAAGUACUUCAUGUCCUUUGUUGUGGGGUAUGAAGCCAUGGUGGACUAUAAGCACUGUCAGAUCAUGAGGAUGGAGUCAGGAGAGUACAUUUUGAGUGGAGCCAAGAGGAGCUUUGGCUCACUGAGCGAGCUACUGCACUGCUAUCAGAAGGAGGCGCUGCGCACAGACGGAUACACAUUUCAGCUGACCAGGUGCUGCCCCCCCAGCCACAAAGAAAAAUCCAACCUGCUGGUGUGUAGAAAUAACCAGGGGGCAGAGCUUCCUCUGACGCCCUCCCUCCACAAACAUGUCAGCCAGAUGGUCUUCCACAAGAUUCGAAAAGAGGACCUCACCAUCAAUGAAAGUCUGGGCCAAGGAACUUUCACCAAGAUCUUCUGCGGUGUGAGGAAGGAGCUGAGAGAUUACGGAGAGAUUCACGAGAUGGACAUCGUUAUCAAGAUUCUGGACAAGGCUCAUCGCAACUAUUCAGAGUCGUUCUUUGAAGCAGCCAGCAUGAUGAGCCAGCUCGCCCACAAGCACCUAAUACUCAACUACGGCGUGUGUGUUUGCGGCGAUGAGAAUAUGAUGGUGCAGGAGUAUGGUAAAUUUGGUUCGCUGGACAUCUACCUCAAGAAGAAUAAAAGCUGUGUCAACAUCACAUGGAAACUGGAAGUGGCCAAGCAGCUGGCCUGGGCUAUGCACUACCUGGAGGAGAAGAACCUCAUUCACGGAAACGUCUGUGCCAAGAACGUCCUUCUGAUCAGAGAGGAGGAUCGCAAGACAGGCAACCCGCCAUUCAUAAAGCUCAGUGAUCCUGGCAUCAGCAUCACCGUCCUGCCCAGAGAAGUGCUGGUAGAGCGUAUCCCAUGGGUCCCCCCCGAGUGCCUUGAGAAUCCCCAGAACCUGAGUUCAGCCACGGACAAGUGGGGCUUCGGGACGACGCUGUGGGAGAUCUGCAGUGGUGGAGACAAACCACUCAGCACUCUGGAUUGCUCCAAGAAAAUCUUAUUCUACGAAGACCGGCACCAGCUCCCGGCUCCCAAAUGGACCGAGCUGGCCAACCUGAUAAACAGCUGCAUGGACUACGAGGCCUCGCACCGGCCGUCCUUCAGAGCCAUCAUCAGAGAUCUCAACUGCCUCUUCACACCAGACUACGAGCUGCUGGUGGAGAGCGACAUGUUACCAAGCAAGACGAGAAGCGUCGGCUUCCCGUGGUCGUCCGAGAGCCACGAGCCCGCACAGUUUGAGGAGAGACACCUGAUCUUUCUCAAGCAGCUGGGCAAAGGGAACUUUGGCAGUGUGGAGAUGUGCAGGUACGACCCCCUGCAGGACAGCACCGGGGAGGUGGUGGCUGUGAAAAAGCUGCAGCACAGCACGGCCGAGCACAUCAGGGACUUUGAGCGGGAAAUCGAGAUCCUCAAAUCCCUCCAGCACGAAAACAUCGUCCAAUACAAAGGCGUCUGCUACAGCGCAGGACGAAGGAACCUGCGGCUGGUCAUGGAAUACCUCCCCUACGGCAGCUUGAGAGAUUAUCUCAUCAAACACAAGGACCACUUUGACUGCAAGAAGCUGCUGCACUACGCGUCACAGAUUUGCAAGGGUAUGAACUACCUGGCCACAAAGCGUUACAUCCACAGAGACCUGGCGACGAGGAACGUCCUGGUGGAGAGCGAGAUGAGGGUGAAGAUCGGGGACUUCGGUCUGACCAAGGUGCUGCCGCAGGACAAGGAGUACUACACGGUCAGGGAGCCGGGAGAAAGCCCCAUCUUUUGGUAUGCUCCAGAGUCACUGACAGAAAGCAAGUUCUCUGUGGCGUCGGACGUUUGGAGUUUCGGAGUCGUCCUCUACGAACUCUUCACUUGCAAUGACAAGAACUGCAGCCCGCCAGCAGUGUUCAUGGACAAAAUGGGGAAUGAAAAGCAGGGCCAGAUGAUCGUCUACCACCUGAUCGAUCUGCUGAAGCAAGGCUACAGGCUGCCGGCUCCUGACAACUGUCCCAAGGAGAUUCACAAGAUGAUGGCCGACUGCUGGAACAAGGACCCCGGGCUGCGGCCUACUUUCAAGACCUUAAUCAACAGUGUGGAGUCGGUGCGAGAGGCCAAGGAAGGAUGAGGAUGAAUGUGUCCACCGCAGCAGUUCAGUCCAGAGGCUGACUCACUUGUUUCCUUCUCAUUGCUCUCCACUUCCUGUUCAGCCUCAUUAACAAGCACUCGACACCGAACAACAAAUCAUUUAUGACGCGUGAGAACAUUUCACAGUGAGAUAAACUGUUUCAUACGUUAGUCAUUGACUGGAGAAAGGAAAUGCUUUUUGUGGAUCAAAUAUUUCCUGCAGUUCAAGUAACUUGUGUAAAUCGCACACAAGCAUAAUUUUGUGAAUAACUCCGACCUUUUAUUUUGGAUUUGUAUUAUUGGGAAAUGAGCAGCGACUUGUUGGGAUUCCCAACAGACUGUUCGAUGAGUGAUGGUAACUGAAACCAGACUCUUGCUUGAUACAUAUUUUUUUCAGUAUAUUUCGGAGCGUUUAUUUGACAAAAACAAUGUGGAUCACAGACUGUCUCUCCAAGAUGAAGGAUUCCACUAGAAACACAAAUGCUCCCAAACCAUUCGGCUACAAUGUGACUGUAGGACUGAUGAAGGACAUCAUGCCUCUGUUGAAGUUCUAUGAAGAUCCCUACAGGUGGAGCUGGAGUCCUAUUUGUGCCAUGACCCUGGACUUGGCAGAUACUCAUGACCCACUGAUGAUCAUCUUGUGCUGAGGCAGCGGAAGUUCAGUUUCAGUGCAACACAAACACUUUGUUUACAUCAAUACGUGGAGUUGAAAUGUUUCAAACAGCAAAACCUGCUCAUGAAGCUCUUUGAUCACGAAGUCCAGACGAUGUCGGGGACAAUAGAAGUUGUUUUUUAGGGAUUACACCCAGGGAAAUGAUGACAUUGUUUUUGUUACGAAUGACUAUAUGAAUAUAUAUUUUCUAGAUACAGUUUGAAGUUUUUAACGUUACAAUGCUAUAAUAUCAGCCUGUAGCUACAUGAUGUGAAAAGUGUGGUGAAAGUUAUGAAGGGAAGUGUUUGUUGUUGUAAAACAGGUCAAACAUAAUCUUGUUUGAUUUCGAUUUUUCAAAAGUUUAAAACUUUACAUGCCAAAUGUUAUAGGAUGAAGUGCGGGAUUCGUGAGAGGAAACUCAAAUUUGGGGAACGGCCUCUUUUGGUUGGAAUUUCCGAAGUUAAUUGAGUGCACAACAGACGAGACACACAACCACGCAGGCACACAACAUAUCAGAGGACGGGUCCCCUCUGCAUGAAUGAGUCACUGAUGAGGACAAAGUGUGUCUGUGAGCUCCUGAGCCUCCGGGACAUAUUUAUACUGAAGAUCCGAGUCAAGUGUGAUGUGAAUGAGACUUUUCUGUUUGCGGUGCUUCUGUUGCGAUAUAUGUGUUACAUCAAAUAUCAGUUUAUUGUGAAAUGUGAACAACAGAAUGUUUAACUGAUAUUUUUUCUUUUUAUUCAUUUCCAUUUUAUUUCACUUUUUAAAUAAAUGGAUUGUCAUCUGA